CGUCAUACGAUUCAUUUUUAACUGCAUCAUCAUCAUUGCUCAGUUGCUGAAAAAGAGGAAAAUUGCAAAUCGUGCAAAUUAUAAUAUUACCUCUUUGAUUUUUCAAAUUUUUAAUUGAUUUUACAAUUCAUUCGUGGAGUAAACUGUAGCACUACUUUUUAGAAACCUGUCUUUGGUGAAUCGAUCGAGAUAAUGGCGGACGUAACAAAGAAGGCCCCGACGGAGGACGUGGCAAAGUCGAAGGAUGAUAAGGACAAGAAACCGGAUAAGGAUAAAAAGCUUGAACCUGAAGAAUUGAGUGAGGAGGACAAAUUGUUACAGGAUGAACUGGACCUUUGUGUUGAGCGAUUGCAAGACCCAGAUACCAGUUUGUACGACGGUGCUUUGGAAAUUAUGCGGGCACAAAUAAAGGCUUCAACAACGUCAAUGACCUCUGUUCCAAAGCCAUUGAAAUUCUUGAGGAAGCAUUAUCAAACCAUCAAGGACAUUCAUGCCAAAAUUGAAAACCAAAAAACGAAACAAAAUUGUGCUGAAAUUGUGUCCGUAUUGUCUAUGACUUGUACGGAAGGAAGGGACUGUCUCAACUACAAACUUUUUGGAAUUGAGGGCGAAAUUGGAGAAUGGGGACAUGAAUAUGUUCGUCAUCUAUCUGGUGAAAUUGCAGAAGAGUGGGAGACCAAGGAUCUAGAAAAAUCACGCAAGGAUAAGCUACUUGUUUUGGCGGAAAAGAUAAUUCCUUACAAUUUGAACCACAAUGCUGAAGCAGAAGCGUGCGAUCUUGCAAUGGAAAUUGAGCACUUGGAAUUAUUGGAACGUUUUGUUGAUGAGGACUCUCAUCUUCGAGUGUGCGCAUACAUGACAAGCUGUGUUGCCUAUGUUCCGGAUCCUGAAAAUACGGAAUUGCUCAAAGCUUCUCUUAGAAUUUUCAAAAAGUUUGGACAAUGGCCACGAGCUUUAAGAGUUGCGAUGCAGUUGAACGAUGCGACAUUGGUCGAAGGACUUUUACGUGAUUGCACUGAUCCGUCAGUUAGAAAACAGUUGGCUUUCAUGAUUGGACGUCAACAGAUUCAUACAGAAAUUCCAUCUGAAAUUGAGCAGCAAGAUGAAUUAACCGAAAUCACAACGAAUAGCCACUUAAACAACAACUUUUUAGCUCUUGGUCGCGAAUUGGAUAUUUUGGAGCCUAAAACGCCAGACGAAGUUUACAAGACUAAUUUGGAUGGCCCCAAGACCACCUUUAGCACUCAAGUUGAUUCUGCACGACAGAAUUUGGCAGCUUCAUUUGUUUCUGGGUUUGUGAACGCUGGGUUCGGGAGGGAUAAGCUUCUCACUGAAGAUGGAAAUAAGUGGUUAUAUAAGAACAAGGAACAUGGCAUGCUGAGCGCAACUGCUUCGUUGGGAUUGAUUCUCUUGUGGGAUGUUGACGGUGGUCUUGGCCAGAUUGAUAAAUAUUUGUAUUCGGCUGAAGAUUACAUUAAGGCUGGAGCUCUACUUGCGUGUGGAAUCGUAAAUUGUGGAGUUCGCAACGAAUGCGAUCCAGCAUUGGCUCUCCUCUCUGAUUACGUUACUCAUCAAAGUCAAACAAUGAAAAUUGGAUCCAUCUUGGGAUUAGGAUUGGCUUAUGCUGGAACUAAACGAGAAGACAUUAUUUCUUUGCUAAGUACCGUGGUUCUAGAUGGGAAUGUUGGAGUUGAAGUCAUGGGACUUGCUGCUCUGUCAUGUGGCCUUAUUGCUGUAGGAACAUGUGACGCAACAGUCACCCAACUCUUGCUCCAAUGCCUUAUGGAGCGAAGUGAACUCGAACUGAAGGAUCCGCCAGCCAAGUACAUUGCUCUCGGCCUUGGUCUCAACUUUUUGGGGAAACAGGAGCAAGCAGAAAUUGCCCUCGUGUCCCUAGAAGUAAUUCCCGAUCCUUUCAAAUCAAUGGCAAUGACUUUAGUUGAAGUCUGUGCUUAUGCUGGGACAGGAAAUGUUCUGAAAAUCCAAAAACUACUCCACAUUUGCUCAGAGCACUAUGAGGCUACUGCCCAAGACUCUAAAGCCAAAGAUGACGACAAGUCGCGGAAGGCCAAAGACAUGAAAGCUUCCGCCAAGGACAAGAAAGGUUCGCCAUCGUCAGAUGAUAAAGAGAAGCCUGGAACUUCAGCUUCUAAGGACAAGGUGACGAAGGAAAAGGAAGCGGUGCCUGUGGAUCUAAGUACACAACAGUCUGUUGCAGCAAUGGGAAUCGCGCUGAUUGCCAUGGGUGAAGACGUAGGCACUGAAAUGGCUUUCCGGUCAUUUGGACACCUUCUUCGGUAUUGCGAACCUGCCAUUCGCAAAGCUGUCCCUCUAGCUUUAGCCCUCUUGUCCGUAUCCAACCCAAGACUGACCGUUUUGGACACGCUGAGCAAGUUUUCACACGAUAUUGACAGUGAAGUUGCCCUCAACUCUAUCUUCGCUAUGGGAAUCGUUGGUGCUGGAACAAAUAAUGCACGCGUAGCAGCAAUGUUGCGACAACUCUCUCAGUAUCAUGCAAAGGACUCCAACAACUUAUUUAUGGUCCGAAUUGCACAAGGGUUGGUUCAUCUGGGAAAAGGAACCAUGAGUUUGUCACCCUUCCACUCGGACCGUCAGCUCAUGUGUCCAGUUGCCUUGGCUGGUCUGCUAAGUACCCUUGUGGCAUUUUUGGAUGUGCGUGGAACCAUUUUAGGAAGAGGUCAUUACAUGCUGUACUGUCUCGCUACUGCCAUGAACCCCCGGAUGCUGGCCACUUUCGAUGAGAAUCUGAAACCCUUGCCUGUUCCAGUCCGUGUGGGUCAAGCUCUGGACACCGUCGGCGUUGCAGGGAAGCCCAAGACCAUCACUGGAUUCCAGACGUACACGACUCCGGUUCUCCUUGGACAUGGUGAAAGGGCUGAACUCGCUACGGAAGACUUCAUACCAUUAUCCCCCAUCUUGGAAGGUUUUGUCAUUCUCCGUAAAAAUCCUGAAGCCAGCACCUAAAUCGAUCAUCUUUGCGGCAUAAUCCUUUUUCACAAUAUUCAUUGUAUUUCAUUUUCAUACACUGUAUUUAUAUAAUCACUUUUGUAAGAUGUAGCUUAUCAAAACAAUAUGAAACUCAAUGUGUAAUGUCAAAAUUAAUUUUGUAGUGAACUACAUUCAGCAACAACAAUAAAUAACAUCGCAUCUAAA